AUGUUGGAAGCCAUGUUUGAUUAUGACAAACUGGUAUGGACAAUAUUCUUUCCAGUCUUCUGUUCACUGGCCAUGUGGUUUUCAAUAGUAUUGGCGCUUCUAUUACGCUCAGAUGCUGGUUGCGCGAGGCGAGAAACUGCUCGACGGACCAUUCUUGAUAUUGAGCAUUCUGGGAUGCCAGUUCCUGCUUCCUUUCAUAGGUACACAAAGGCAGUAUUACGCCGCGCUAUUGUUGUCGUGGGUGGAGACUUUGCUAGAUCACCCCGCAUGCAGUAUCACGCUGCUAGUUUGGCAAAAAGUGGGAUGUUUGAUGAGGUUGUUUUGGUGGGAUUUGAUAUGGGAAAUACGCUUAUUCAUUCUCUAGAGUCUAUGCGUUCUAGUUCUACGGAUACGGAUUUUAUUUAUCUUAGAGAGCAUGAUCCUCCUAGAGAGGAAUAUAGUUGCAUCAUUGAUACAAGUUGCUUAAUACCACCAAUAACUCCUCCUCCUUUUUUUCGUUUUCUUUUUCCUCAUCCACGUCUUUAUUGGGUGAUGUCAACAUUAUAUCGUAUGUCUAUCUGUGCUGUUGUUUUUGCUUGGUUGAUUAUCCGUGCCUCCUUAAUGGUGGUUAAUAAACAUGGUCAACUACUUUUAGCUGAUCUUAUUUUGGUACAAUUACCCCCAGCUGUGCCUUUUGUUCCUAUUAUAAAAUACCUUGUUCGCCCUUGCGUAUUAAUAGUAAAUACAAUACUGUACUAUUGCUUUAUAAUACCUGCUUCAUGGAUGAAGAAAACUGCAUUCAGUGAAAUACAUGAAGGAUUAAAACUUCAACAAGAAUUAAAAGAGAAUAAAAAUAGAAAAACUUCUUCACGGUUGGUAAUGUGUCCUGCUCUAAUUGUGGAUUGGCACAAUUUUGGAUUUACAAUUAUGCAAAAUGAUGGUAGACCUUCUAUAAUGGUUUGGAUCUAUCGCUUCUUUGAGUGUAAUUUAUGCAUUGGAAAUGGUAAUGUGACUGUUAGCCAAGCUAUGCGAACAGCUCUUUGCCAAAGAGAAGAAAAUAAUGCAAGUAAAGAAAUAGAUUUUAAAUCUAAAAAAAAUCAAGUUGUGGUGUUGUAUGAUACAGCUCCAUCUUUUUUUGGUCCUUGCUCACGAAGUCAAUUUGUGGAAGAAGUAUUGACACCCAUGCUACAAUUAACUUCUACUAGUCGUAAAGAAGUUAUGGGGUUAUCUCCCCCACCUGCAUUUAUUCUAAAUGAUAGUGUGAAGGAAGAAGAUUCUUCUUUGGGUAAUACUGGGCGUAAAGGAUUAUUUAUGAUUGCAUCUACCAGCUGGACACCAGAUGAUGAUUACACUAUGGUAAUAGACGCAUUGGUGCGAAUUGAUAAACGUUUACAAAAACAACUUCAAGAAGAAGGUGGUAAGACUCUAUUACAUCCUGUGCGGUCUAUUUGGCUUCUCGUAACUGGUAAAGGUAUCUCACGGGAACGUUUUGAAAAGGCCGUUAUUGCUGCUCAUUUAUCACCUUUAGUAAUGAUCACAACGGUAUACUUUCAAUCGUAUCAACACUAUGCCAUGGCGCUUGGUGCGGCGGAUGUGGGUCUCUGCAUGCAUCGUUCCUCCAGUGGACUUGACUUGCCGAUGAAGGCGGUGGACAUGUUGGGAUCUGGUCUCCCAGUGGUCGCCCUCCGCUACGAUGCCCUCAGUGAAUUGCUCGAUAAACAACACGGUUGGCUCUUUAGCAACGCAGAGGAGUUGGAACACAUCAUUUGGCAUUAUCUUCUCUCUUAUAAUACCGCUUCCAAUAAAGAAGAGUCUUUGGAAAUAAAAAGACGUCACGUAAUGGAAAGCCGACGUGAAACAUGGGAUGACAAAUGGAAUUCGGCUGUACUUCCUCUCUUGCAGAGGUUACUCUGA